GACCAGAGACAGGGAGACUGACAACCAGUUUUGACAAACAUUUGGGUAGUUCCAUCCAAGACCUAAUUUCUGAAAACAUGUCUGGAAAAAUGCAAAAGGAUGUUCUCUGUGACAUGUGUACAGAGGAGGACAGGAAACCAGCAACAAAGACGUGCAUGAAGUGUGAGAUCUCCAUGUGUGUCCAGCACCUCCAGGCCCACCUGACCACACCUGUGUUACUGCAGACUCAUCCUCUGACUGAACCCAUGGAUUUAUGUGGGAACACCAAAUGUUCUCAGCACGGCAAGCUCCUGGAGUACUACUGCUUGGACGACAUGACCUGUGUGUGUGUUUCCUGCGCCAUUGAGGACCAGCACCGCCUACACAAUAUGAAGACCUUCUCCACAGCCCACAAAGAGCUCCUGGAGAAGCUGAAAGCUGAGCAGCUGAUCUUACAGGAGAAAACAGACGAUGAGAAUGUGAGUCUGGAAAAGUGGGAGAAGAGUGAAAGAGAGAAGCUGGGUCGCUGCAGUGUGCGUCUGAUUGAGGCUGUGACUAAGCUGCGUGACAUCUCUCUGACCAGCGUCCAGAGCUCAGUCUCUGCUCGCCUGGGGCCCAUCAAAACCAGCAAGAGCAGCCUGGAAGCAGCACAGAAGGAGAAGGACACCUUCAGAUUCCUGCAGAUGUAUUCUCAGGUGCAUCAGGAUGUGGAGAAGGCCAAGACUGUGGAUCUGAGAAAAGGGCUGGAGCCGGGCAGCCAUCGGGACAAACUGGUUGAGGAGAUAAGACAGAAUGGGGAGAAGAUGGUGAAGCAAGCGUCUCAGUUCUGGGGAUCAUUGCUGACUCUGGUUGAUCCUGAACACCACCAGGAGCUUGUUCCCACUGGUUCAGACCUGAUCUUUGAGCCACAGUCUCUGGAUCCAGACGUGUUACUGUCCACUGACAACAGGAAGGUUCUCUGCACUGAUUGGACGGCAUUUUAUUCUUCCAACUUGUUCCUCAUUGAGAGUACACUUCCUGUUCCUAACUUUAAGAGAUGGGUGAUCAGCAUUUCCAAAGACUGUGACUGGACCAUCGGUUUAUGUGACAACACUUAUGGAAACUAUAUGACAGAUGGACAAGUCUAUGGCCUACGCUGCCAAGAGGACAGAAAACCAGCAAAGAAGACGUGCAUGAAGUGUGAGAUCUCCAUGUGUGUCCAGCACCUCCAGGCCCACCUGACCACACCUGUGUUACUGCAGACUCAUCCUCUGGCACUAUCUAGCAUCCCGGUAUUUAUUUGUCGCUAGUAGUAACUGCAAUUGACCAAUCAUGUUUUCCGAGCUGUUCAGGUAGCAUUAGUCAAAAAAA